AUGCGCUCUCGAAUUCCUCCAACUUGCCCCGCGUCACCGGAUUAUCACCAUGGCUUGAGCAGCUUCGAGGUGGCAAAGAACGACAACGAGAAGAAUUUCCUAGCAAAGCCUCCCACGGCGCUGAUUGAUGGGGCAUCUCCCCGGCUUUCCGCAGUCCCCAUACUAAACAACGAGAAACGUCAAAGGACACUCCAGAACACGCGAAUUUCAGAUGGUGUACUGUUUUUCAGAGCAUCGGAGAAUUUUCCACCGAUGAACGUCUCAGAUGGAAAGCCCCACCAAACAGAAGCACAAGAUGCGCCUGGACAUGCGAUGAAAGUGAAUGCAGGUAGCAAUGCACAGCCGUUUCCGACCACGCCUGUCGGAAUCAUGAGUGAAAAGGUGAAGCAGUCUCCCACCAAAUCGAGUCGUGGAUGUGGGUGUCGCAGACGCUUCUCUGUGAGAGACGAAAAGCCUCGCAAACAACAGGCCGGAACAGCAACGAAAGAAAGAAAAUGGCCAGCAAUACUACCAGAUGUCUUUCUGAGGAGGACGACAUCGAUAUAA